UCAGGGCAUGCUCCUCCCUCAGCAGGGGGGUGGGGAGGGAAUCCCUUGGCUGAACCAGGUGAGGGCAAGAGUUCCCACAACUGCCGGGGCGGAGAGUCCGUGAGAAGCCUACUUCCGUUCCGGGAGGCCAGAUUGAAGCUCAUUGGUUCGCAGCGAUGAGUGGCAGGUCCCGAACCAAUGGAAGGUCAUGCUCGCCGAGGCGCCCGCCUAGCACGUCUGCUUCCUGUUGGGCAUCGGCCCCGCGCGCGUGUGGAGGAGCCGCCGCCGUCCAGGAGUCAGGGGAAUGACCGGGAGCACGCGUCUCCGCAGUCGUUCCUCGCCAGCCCUUCGACUCGGAUCCUGACCCGAGCUCCGUCGCCCCGACCUCUUGCGUCGGGCCCGCCGAAGGUUACCCUAUUCACACCGAGGGCGAAGCGGCCCAGCGCAAGCCCCGGGGCCGGCUCGACGGAGCUCGGGCUGGACGGACCCCGGCGCGGACUGUGGGCAGCGAGGUGGCGGCCAGCAGAGGGCGCCGCCCGAGCAUGGCCGAGGAGCGCCGCGGGUCCUGGUUCGGCUUCGGUUUCUGCGGCUUCGGGCAGGCUCUGGGCUCGGGGCACGGGCGACAGGUGCACAGCCCCGAGCCGCUGCGGACACCGGGCGAGGGCGCCGACGUCUGCCGCGUGAGCGCGAGCUGGAGCUACACCGCCUUCGUGACCCGUGAAGGCCGGCUGGAGCUGUCGGGCUCCGCGGGCGGCGCGGCGGGCGGCUGCAGGGACGCGUGGGCCUCGGCCUUGUGCAGGCAUGGACAGCUGGGCCACGGGACUCUGGAGGCCGAGCUGGAGCCCCGGCUGCUGGAGGCGCUGCAGGGCCUCCCCAUGGCUGAGGUGGCGGCAGGGGGCUGGCACUCUGUGUGUGUGAGUGAGACUGGCGAUAUUUACAUCUGGGGCUGGAAUGAAUCUGGGCAGCUGGCCCUGCCCAGCAGGAGCCUGGCAGAGGAUGGCAAGACCACUGCCCAGGAAGCCAGGGGCCUGAAGGAAGACGGUUCUGACGCGAGAACAGGCAGGGGUGAGGCUGGAGGCCCGGCCCCCUUCAUAGCCAUCCAGCCCUUCCCGGCUUUACUGGAUCUCCCCCCGGGCACAGACGCAGCCAAGGCCAGCUGUGGAUCCCGGCACACGGCCGUGGUGACCAGAACAGGGGAGCUCUACACCUGGGGCUGGGGUAAAUACGGACAGCUUGGCCACAAGGACACGAGCAGCUUGGACCGGCCGCGCCGAGUGGAGUAUUUCGUGGGUGAGCAGCUCCGGGUGAGGGCUGUGAGCUGUGGGCCCUGGAACACCUACGUGUACGCCGUGGAACACGAGCAGCGCUGACGGCUCCAGAUGGGGGCGUAGGAGAAGCGCACGGUGAGCUCCACAGUUACCGCCGGUGAGACUCCCACCGGGGCAGGGACGCCGCUGCCAGCCCCCCGGAGGCCCGCCCCCCGCACUUUGUCCUCCUGUUAGGGACACCCGGGGGGCUUUGGAAGCGGGUGCCCGAGGCCAGCACCGCACGCACCCUGGAGUCGGAACCUCCGGCUGGGGAGCCUGGGCUGGGGGAGGUUUUAAAGCUCCCCCACCUGCCCCAAGGUGACGGGAGGUAGGGCCGAGAUGGGGAACGCCGGGGCAUCGUUUGUGGCUCGCUCUUCUCCGAAGUGUCUUCCUCGUGCGCCUCCUCAUACAACGUAGUUUGUCUGCUUUGGAACUUUACGUAAACGGAAUCAUUCUGCAUA